UUUCUUCAUUAUACGGUCAACGCAAGUACCACAAAUCAAAGUUACUUCAAUGGUAAUGGUAAUGGAAAUUUGUACCAAACAUCAACCCCUUCAAACAAUAAUGUACCAAACACAAAUAUUGGAUAUAGCAGUAUUACUGCCCCUAUUACGACUUCAUUCCAGAGAAGCUACUUUUUGGCAGAAUCAAGUUCCAAUCAAACGCCAUUUAGAGCUCCGUUGAGUGAGAGUGGAGCAAGCACUUUCCAAGGCUCUUAUAAUGCUGCCAGUCAAGGGAGUACUAGGUAUCCUUAUACUACCCUUAACCAAGGAAAUGCUACCACUUAUACAAGAACUUUUGGUUCAGUGACUAAUCAAGGUGGUACAAGUACUUUUGUGGCAAGUUCCUAUGCACAAAUAAACCAAAAUAAUCCAACUAUGUUUACAAAUUCUUAUUCAAACGUUAACGAAAAUAGAACUAGUACCACAUUUACGAAUUUGACAAACACUGGUUCAGUACCAGCUAUUAAUGCUUCUAAUUUAGGUGGAUUAGGUGUACUUCUUUCAGCAGCUGAAAUGGUUGAAUCUCCGAAAACUACUUCGUUUAGUGUACAAAAAAAUAAUAAUAAUGAAGUCAAAAAUGAGUCAACGACAGAGCCUUCGCAGAAUAAAUCUCAAAUUCCUGAUAAAGCUGCAGUAACAACAACAUUCUAUGAUAAUGGAAAAGUAUGUACCAACACAACUGAGGGAGUCGCUUCCCCUUAUCAAACAGGAAGCGUAAAUUUCCUUAGUUUCACUGGUCCGAGUCCUUAUCCUAAUACAAAUACAACUGCUACUGCUCAAGAUGACAGCGCAGUUGCAGAAACAUCUUCCGAAUUAUCAAAAGAGAAUGAUACUCAAAACGUUGAGACGGUUAAUGCACAAGAUGAAAGUACGAACGAUGAACCAGUUCAAGAUACUGCAAAUUCUGAAGAACUAAUGUCUGAACAAAGCACAGCGACAAAACCUAAAAGAAAACGAGUUGGCGGAAUAAAGAAGAAAGCUGGACGUAAACCAAAAGCCAAGCUCACGGAGGAAGAAGCCGCACAGUUUCGAGCACCUAUACCUCAGCCAACUUGUACAAUCUGUAGACUCGUAAUACCACCGGCCAAUGAUCAACCUUCGGCGACUUACAUUACUCCACAACGUGCAAGAGAGUCAAUGUUGCUCAAAGGAAGAGACAAAGUUAACCGAAUGGUACGCUGCGGAUACUGCAGCAAAUGGUACCAUUUGGCUUGCAUGGUUCCUCCUAGACGUACAAUGCCCACAGGAGGAUAUGUUUGGCGAUGUGCGGAAUGCGACCAUCCAUCUAGCUCCACAAGCGAAAGCCCAGCAGAGCAUUCUGGUAGUGGGGAGGCUCCUUCUGUUCCUACGAUUCCUACUAAAAAAUGGAACUUAAGAUCUGCAACCAGAUAAUUAUAUAUAAUAAGGGUAAUAAGCUAAUAUUCAAUUUUAAUAAAGUACUUAGACAUUGCAAAUUUAAAAAAAUUAUUGAUUUAAAUUUCCGUAUUCAUUGUAAAUAAGCAAGAAUUCUGAUUUAUAAAUU